UAAAAAAACAAUUUUGGUUAAUUGAUGAGCUCAUCGGUGAAUUUAGGAAUUUGCCCUAAUAUUGAUGACACUCAAAAUUUGACAAUGACCUGACUUUUGACAUCUGACAUUAUGAUGAUACAUAACAUGUCAUAUUUCAUAUUAGACAAGUAAGUAGGGUGUUGUGAAUAUUUUAGAAAAUAAAAUUUUAAUUUAUUUACAACUAUGGGAAUUGGAAAUUGUUUCGAAAAUGUUAAUAUGCCAUCAUGCAUAUGGUUUGAUGGAGGCGACAAGAGGAACGCCUAUGCUUCUAUGUUGGCAGGAUUUUUGUUCUUUGCUGGAUGGUGGGCAGUAAUUGAUGCAGCAAGCGUGCAUGGAAAGAUACUAGCUGGAUAUCACAUGUGUGGAGUAGUUGGUACAAUAUCUCUCGUAAUGGUCAACUCUGUUUCGAAUGCUCAGAUGAGAGGAGAUGUCUAUGAAGGUGGAUGUUUAGGUCCCAGAGGCACUAAAAUCUGGUUGUUUUUGGGAUUUGUGAUGGGCUUCGCUUCAGUUAUCGCAUCUUGCUGGAUUCUUUUUGCAGAUUUCAUGGAGGAAGGUUAUCGUUGGUCAGGAGUAGCGCUGUUUCUUCAAAAUGCUCUCAUUUUCAUUUCUUCAAUUAUCUACAAGUUUGGAAGAUCUGAAGAUAUUUGGGGGUGAUUAUUCUCGAAAUUUUGUAUUAAUCUUAUGAAUUUCAAGUUGUGAUAGUUUAGUUGUAUUAUUUAUUUACAGCUUCAUUUAAUAAGUUUAAUAUAUAAUUUUUCAAUUAUUUGUAACCUAACUAAUACAAAUAAAAAUAAUUUUUAAUGUA